AUGGCAAGUUUAUUACGUAAAGUUUCACAAGUUUCACAUCAUGAUGUAAACAAAGUGAAAACAUUAGUACGAUCAAAAACAUACGAUAGUAAUUUAACAAAAUUAGAAAAACGUCUACCAAGACAAUCAACUGUUCCUUCAUUUGGACAUGCAACAGAUUUUGAUUAUAAACGUGAUACAAAACAUCUAUGUAAAAUAAUGAAACAUUGUAUAACAGCACAUACAUUAGAUCUAGAUUAUAUUCUUCAUUUUCUAUCAUCAUAUACAUGUGAACAACGUAUGAUUCUUGUUCAUGAUCUUGAAUUUGAAUAUGAAUAUAACUUAGUUGAUAUGGUACUUGAAAGACCUGAAUCUCCUAUGCGUUCAUGUACAUUAUCUAUGUUAGUUGAACCAGUUGACUUAUAUGCACGUCAUUUUCAUGAUUUACUUACAUUAAAACAAUUGAAUAAAAUUGAUUAUAAUAUAUCAAGAAAAUUAGUGGAAAUUUUAUUAGUAUUAAAUAAUGAUGAUGCAAAAAAAUUUAAACAAUCCUAUGAAAAUUUAUUUGAAAAUUCAGCUGAAAAAGAUAUUGAAGUUGUUCAAGGUGUUGAUAGUAUUAUAUCACGUUUACUUAUACAUUUAAUUGAAGGUAAACGUUAUGAAGAAUCUGGCCAUUCAGCUUCAAUAGCUAAAAAUAUCGCAAGAAAAUUAUAUGAAGCUGGUGAAGGUACACCUGGUAUUGAUUAUGAUACAUUUAUAAAGAUUUUUACACGUGAUGCUUUUUCACAAUUAUCUGCUAUAUUUGAUAUAUAUGAAGAUAAAUAUGGAGGACCAAUACAAGAAGCAAUUGAACGAGAAUUUCAAGAACAAACAGAUAUCGAAUGUUUUCAAGAUAUGGUUGAAUACACACGAUCACCAGGUGAUUAUUAUGCUAAAAUUAUUCGACAAGCAUUAGAUAAAACACCAAUCGAUUAUGAAACAGUAUUUCGUAUUGUAAUUGGACAUGAAGAAAAAGAUUUAUGUGAAAUUUGUUUAGAAUAUUCAAAAAUUUAUGAUGAAACACUUGAUGAAACAAUUAAAAAUCGUAUUGAUAUUUUGGAAAUCAAACGUUUACUUGUUCUUAUAAUAACACAUGGACAUGAUAUAACCGCAAAUAAUAUUGAUCAAGUACGAUUUGAUCAGUCAAGUAAUUUUAGUCCACCUGGUUCAGGUACAAUUCCAACAACAUCAAUAGCAGCAAGUUCUGUUGGAAUGAGAAGAAAUCGAUCACAAGAAGCAUUCGAGAAAUUUGUCAAUGUAUUUAAAACAAUUCGACCUCAUUGA